CGCUGUGCGGGCCCGGGCGGGGCGGGCGGCGCGGGCCGACGAUGCUGAGCCGGCUGCAGGAGCUGCGCAGGGAGGAGGAGACGCUGCUGCGGGUGAAGGCGGCGCUGCACGACCAGCUCCGCAGGCUGCGGGUGGAGGAGCUGGCGCUGCAGUCCAUGAUCAGGUCCAGCGAGGAGAACGUCCCUGUCCCCUCCUCAGCCCUGCCAGGGGACACUCAGCAGACUCUUGGGCAGAUGGACAACGAGGCUGCCAUCAAUCAAACCCAGCUACACCUCAGCCUUCAGGACCAUCAGGAGGAGGAGGAGGAGGAAGAAGAAGAAGAGGAGGAAUCAGAUUCUUGAGAGGGGAAAAAAAUCAGAGAUGGUUUUUGAUACAGACUCAGGAAUUUCUUCUGCAUUCAUUUAAAAUUCACCAACUGAUUCCCAUGUUGUGCUGUGUGUGGAUCUGAACUAUGUGAGACAUGAGACAGAGUCCAGGGCAGUGACACUGAGCACACAAAUGUCACAAGCUGGGCACAUCUUGACUCAGAUGUUAAAAGAAUGAAAAUCUGCUGCACAAAUAUGUAGCACAAUCCAUUCCACACUGAACACCUAAUGUAGCUUUUACAACAUCCUUGGAUGUGGAAGGGAGAGGUAAUUAAUCAGCCAGACUAAUUUAACAUGGACACUAAAAGCAAUAACUCACCUGCUCUCACUUCCUGAUGCUGACAAACAAAAUCAGGUGCUCAACCAAUGAUUAUGUUACAACCUCACUUUGCCUAAACUGGGAAUUUUAGAUACAUGGUGAGAAAAGAUGUGUCCAGGGUUGUCUCCAGCUUUCAGCUGCCGUGUUUUCAGCUCCAUGGAAAACUGGAGUUACUCCCAGUGCACUGGGAGUGCAGGUCCAGCACCAUCAACCCAAUUGUGAGCGCAGCACUGAGGUCCCUCUGUCCCCACUGGUGCUCUUCAGUACUGUCAGUCUGUCCAGUGAAGUUCUUUCUACUUCCCGCUCUUCAGAGUAGCAGCCAAGGAGCCUUUUACUUGUCCACAAAUUGUACAGUAGAAAUUGGUGCUUGUAUUAAGGAAGUAAUACUCUUAAAUUGCUGUUGUUUACUUGUUCUCUCACAGUAACCUCAUAAGUCAGUGCAGUUCCACCUGCUUUCCUGUGAUCUUCAAGGAGGAGUUUAAGAGCUUAGUUAUAAAUGGAAGGUGAUUUCUGUACUUGGAGAAGGGUCUGGAAUCCUGGGUGUGGGCAGGACACACCAUUCAGGCUCCAGUGAGUUCCUGCCCCUGGUUAAUGAGAGACUGUUGAUUUGGCUUUUAUUUGGUUUGUACCAAUAGAAACUGAAUGUUGGGAUGUAAAUGUAGCUUCAUCCUGCACUAGACUAAUUAGAUUUUGAGGAUCCUGGAUGUCUUAAGGAGUGCAGAAGAUUCAGUAAAGCUUUCCCAAGACUGACAGGUAAAAACCCCCAAAAGUCUGAGCUGAAAAUGUCAUGGAGUGUCAAAUAGUUCCCUGCAGGUCUGUGUGAGAAGAGCUGGUUUGGGAGGAGCUCAGUGGCCAGCCUGGCCUUUCUUGGCACAUUUCUGCUCCAAAGGGUGGUUUGGACUGUUGAACAGUGUUAUUUGUGCCCAGCAUGGUGCAGAGUGGUUUCCAUGGAUAUAAUUCCUGAUGCCUUUUGUGAAUGAGCCCCUUGCUUGCUUUUGGGUUUAAACAGACCAGUUCUGUUGCAUGUUGCAAUAAAGUUCUUUCCCUGCUGUCCUUCCAUA